GCUGCAGGAGCCCUGGCGGCGUGCUGAGCUCUCACUAUGAAUGCUAUCGUUGCUCUCUGCCAUUUCUGUGAGCUCCAUGGCCCUCGCACCCUGUUCUGCACUGAGGUUCUGCACUCGCCGCUUCCCCAAGGCGCUGGCAGUGGGGACAUCGCUGGGCAGAAUGAGCAGGUGGAAGAGGAGGAAGGUGGGAUUCAGAUGAGCAGUCGGAUCCGCUCUCACAGCCCAGCAGAAGGGGCCAGUGCUGACUCCAGCAGCCCAGGGCCAAAGAAGUCUGACAUGUGUGAGGGGUGCCGCUCUCUUGCAGGAGGACAUCCAGGAUAUGUCAGCCAUGACAAAGAAACCUCCAUCAAGUAUGUCAGUCACCAGCACCCAAACCACCCCCAGCUGUUCAGCAUCGUGCGCCAGGCCUGCGUCCGCAGCCUCAGCUGUGAGGUCUGCCCAGGACGUGAGGGCCCUAUUUUUUUCGGAGAUGAGCAGCACGGCUUUGUGUUCAGCCACACCUUCUUUAUCAAAGACAGCCUGGCUCGAGGUUUCCAGCGCUGGUACAGCAUCAUCACCAUCAUGAUGGACCGGAUUUACCUCAUCAACUCCUGGCCUUUCUUGUUGGGAAAGAUUAGAGGGAUCAUUGAUGAGCUUCAGGGCAAAGCACUGAAGGUGUUUGAGGCAGAGCAGUUCGGGUGCCCUCAGCGUGCCCAGCGCAUGAACACAGCCUUCACUCCCUUCCUGCACCAGCGGAACGGGAAUGCUGCGCGUUCCUUAACCUCCCUGACCAACGAUGAGAACCUGUGGGCAUGUCUGCACACCUCCUUUGCUUGGCUGCUGAAAGCUUGUGGUAGUCGGCUUACGGAGAAACUUCUGGAGGGAGCACCCACAGAGGACACCCUCGUUCAGAUGGAAAAACUUGAAGAUCUGAAAGAAGAGUCAGAAGGCUGGGAUGGUUCUGAGGAAGAAGAGAAGCCUUCUUCCCAGCCAGACCUUGUGGAAGGGCAGGAGCUGUCUAAGUGCUCACCUGAAACAUCUCUGAUGCCAGAUUGCAACAGCUGGAACGUGGCUCACAGGAGGUUGUCUGUCUUUCGCUCUCUCAGGCACAUGAGACAGGUUCUUGGGGCAUCAGCAUUCCGAAUGCUAGCUUGGCAUGUCCUGAUGGGGAACCAGGUCAUCUGGAAAGCUCGAGACAUGGAUCUUGUCCAGUCUGCCUUUGACGUGCUACGGACGAUGCUGCCAGUUGGUUGUGUGCGGAUCAUCCCCUACAGUGACCAGUAUGAAGAGGCAUAUCGGUGUAACUUCCUGGGCCUUAGCCCACACGUCCAAAUCCCACCCCACAUCCUGUCAUCUGAGUUUGCAGUUCUCGUGGAAGUUCGCGCUGCGACGCGCUCCAGUCUCUACCCAGCUGCGUUCGACGACGAGCAGUCCCUCAACAAGUACGAGUUCGUGGUCACCAGUGGCAGUCCUGUGGCAGCAGAUCGAGUUGGCCCAACAAUCUUGAACAAGAUUGAAGCUGCUCUGACCAACCAGAACCUCUCAGUAGAUGUUGUGGAUCAGUGCCUUGUUUGCCUGAAGGAGGAGUGGAUGAACAAAGUGAAAGUCCUCUUUAAAUUCACUAAAGUGGACAGCAGACCCAAGGAGGAUACCCAAAAACUGCUGAGCAUUCUGGGAGCUGCGGAGGAGGACAAUGUCAAGCUUCUCAAGUUCUGGAUGACUGGCCUGAGCAAGACGUACAAGUCCCACCUAAUGUCAACAGUUCGCAGCCCAACGUCCUCAGAGUCCCGGAACUAAAGGGUGCAAACCUCACCUGCUGCCUCCAGAGAACAGCAGGGACCCCGUGUUACCUCUGCUGAGCCUGCAGCAUGUGCUUUAGGGGGACAGUGAAGCUUCAGCACUGUCCUCCUGGUCCUCAAACCAACUUGAAGAGUGACUUGAGUCUUUCCUAAUUGCUGUGAGACUGGACUAAUGAGUGCUAAUACACAGUGCUGCUCUCUGUCCUGAAACUGGACUCCAUCUGGCCCUGCACACUCCAGACUAACAUAUAGCAACACUCAGAGAAUCCGAGUGAAUGAAUUAAAACCCCAUCCUGUCCUCCUUAACAUUAUGGUGUGGCAGCAGACCUCAGUUUCAGAUUCCUUGGCAAGAGUUUGAUACCUGUGACAACGUCCUGAACUCCUGGGAGUGGAUAUAGUUAGUCUCACAGAAUCCCACAUGAAUCUCCUCAACACCUGAGAGA